CAUGCACCGUGUUAUUAGGACAGUACUAAAAAUACAGUAGAAGCAUCAAAACUUUCAAAGAAGAAUAUGGAAGGGGGGGAAGAAGAUCUGCAAUCACCCUUGCAAAGAAGCUUUUCUUCACCUGGUGGUCAGGAGGAGCCCCUUGAAAGAACAGCUGAAAGUGGAUCGUCUUCUGGAGGUUCACGGGUUAGUAGCAUCAAGACAUUGAUCUAUGUUGUGUAUAAGAGUAUAAGGACUGUUGUUUUCUCCAAUAAACUCAACUUGUUGCUCCCUUUUGGGCUAGCAGCAAUUCUUGUUCAGGAAUUGACUGAUCAAUCUGCUUGGGUCUUCUUUCUAAGCUUAGUGGGUAUAGCACCUUUGGCUGAGCGUUUAGGUUAUGCUACAGAGCAGCUAGCCUUUUACACUGGACCAACAGUUGGAGGUCUAUUGAAUGCUACUUUUGGGAAUGCAACAGAACUUAUUAUAUCAAUCUUUGCUUUGAAAAGUGGAUUGAUACGUAUUGUUCAGCUGUCGUUAUUGGGUUCAAUUCUGUCAAACUUGUUGCUGGUGCUUGGAUGUGCAUUCUUUUGUGGUGGGCUUGUUCUUCAAAAGGAGCAGCUGUUUAAUAAGGCAACUGCUGUGGUAAACUCCAGAUUGUUGUUGAUGGCAGUCAUGGGCCUACUUUUACCAACUGAUCUUCAUUAUACACAAACUGAGGUUUAUUUUGGAAAGUCAGAGUUGGAUCUUUCAAGAUUUAGCAGUUGCAUCAUGCUUGUCACAUAUGCUGCAUACCUUUUUUUCCAGCUAAAGAGUCAAAGUAAUCUAUAUGUUUCUCUUAAUGAGGAAGGGAUUCAAAUUGAAGAGGGUGCAGAUGAUGAUGAAGCUCCCCAGAUCUCAAAAUGGGAAUCAUUAAUCUGGCUUUUGGUUAUAACUACUUGCGUCUCAAUCCUAUCCGAAUAUUUAGUUGAUACAAUAGAGGGAACAUCUAUUGCAUUGAAUAUUCCACUUACAUUUAUUAGUGUUAUUUUGCUCCCACUUGUGGGGAAUGCUGUAGAUCAUGCAAGUGCUAUCACGUUUGCCAUGAAAGAUAAGCUUGACAUAACAUUAGGAGUCUCAAUAGGAUCAUCAACGCAGAUAGCUUUGUUUGUGAUUCCUUUUUCUGUAGUCCUUGGUUGGAUUAUAGGGCAAGCUAUGGACUUAAACUUUCAGCUUUUCGAGACAACUACACUUGUUAUAUCCGUCUUAGUAGUAGCCUUAAUGCUGCAGGAAGGAACUUCCCACUAUUUUAAAGGACUAAUACUUCUUCUUUGCUAUCUGAUAGUUGCUGCAAGUUUUUUUGUACAUGAUUCAUCUGCAGGAGGACAUGCAUCCAAUGUUGUAUGCCUCAUUUGAAAGUAUGAAUUUCUCGUCAUAAGUGGGAUUUUCGGAACUUACGGAAGCCAUUGGGACUGGUAGU